AUGAGUGCGUUCGGUGAACGGAAGAACGCCUUCAAAACCCCGCCAGCAGUCGUCGCUCGAACAUCAGCAUCACAAGCCGCCCGAAGAGAUCGGGCACUUGAGGCUCAGAAACGAAGACGCGCAGAGCGCAUAGAUUCCGCUCGUUCGCUCGACAUCCUCGCCGAUCUCACCCUCGGUCACUCCGACGACGACGCGGGCGACGACGGCGGCCCGAGUGGCGGGCCCGAGGUCGUGCGCCAGGGCAUCGGCCACUUUGCGUCGAUGCUCCCGCCUGCCGCAGCACCCUCCUCCGACUCGGCGACAGGCAUCACCAAUUUCUGGCCGCGCGCCCCAGUGGCUGCCGCAGCUUCCCCAGCCGCAGAGGAGCUGCAGUCGGACGCGCAGAUGCUCGCAGCGUCGUCGCUGCCCACGACCUUCGAGGGCAAAGCGAGCGAGAAGAAGCGCGCCAAGGGCAAGCGUAAGGGCAAGGCGCGAGCCUCCACCGCGACCGACGCCCCGCAGGCGCAGGGCCAAGCCGCAGCCAAGCCGCGGAAGCCGACGAAGCCGAACAAGUGGGCGGACAAGUGCAUGUACGCGGAGCUGCUCGAGAUGGACGAGUCCCUCGGUGGCAUCGGCGGCGACGGCAUCCCGGACGACAUCGAGACCGCGUUCGUCGCGCUUGCGCCGGUGCCGGUGGGCAAGCGGUGUCUCGCGGUCACGCACCAGGCGUCCGGGGUUGCUGGAGUGGUACCCAACACGACGUUACGAUCGCGCGUGCUCGGGAAGGCGCUGAUGAAGCCCUUCCCGUCCUCGCUACCGCCCCAGACCGUGCUCGACUGCAUCCUCGACGACAACUGGCGCGACAACGGCAUCCUCCACGUCCUCGACGUCGUCUCCUGGAAGGGCCAGGACCUCGCCGACUGCGAGACGCCAUUCAGAUUCUGGUGGCGCGACACCCGCCUCUCCGAAAUCGCAUCGUUCCCACCACCCCAGUCCUCCGCGCUCACCACGGCGAAGCGCUACCAGUUCCCGCACCCGACGACAUUCGCGCCCGUCCCGUACGACACCGACACGACGCUCGCACACCUGCUCGCGGCCGUAAUCCCCGCUGCCCGCGCGGCACGCGGCGCCUUCUUUUCCCGCCCGAUCCCCCCUACCCCGGCGGCGGCGGACGCGAUGGAGAGCGACAUGGUUCUCGACGCGGCGCCCGUGCAGCUGCAACAGGCGCGCGCGGAGGCGCGCUCGGACGGGCUGCUGCUGUACGUCGCGCAGGCGGUGUACGAGCCGGGGACGAGCCCGCUGAGCGUGUGGGUCCCGCUGCGGGCGUACCGGACGCGGGAAGAGCAGGAGGGGAUGUCGGUGGAUGCGACGGCGGCGGACAGUCCGCUGGACGGCUUCGAGCGCUUGGUUCGGCGAAGACUGGCGAAGAAGGAGGGACAAGGUACCCCCGAGGUCGAGAUGGUGUGA